UUGGUCGCGGAGAAGUUGUAGCAGUAGGACAUAUUUUCGUUCUAAGUGAGCCGCAGCGUAAAUUGAAAAUGAAUAGCAUCAAAGUGAACAGCAAACGUGUGUAUUUCGGUACCGCUAUGUUGGUACUGUAUCUGACUCCGGCAAUCAAUGGAUUACGGGAUCACCGUUUCUGUAAUUUCGACGGAUUGUGUGAAGAAAUAGUGGAUGGAAGUCGUUUUCAUUCCGAUCGCCGUGUUGAUCGCUUAGAUCAGGAUCAGGAGCAACGACUACUCUUGUUUAAUCGUGAAAGUGAACAAAAAAUCAGAGAUGACAACAAAAUGCAACGAACGCAUACUCGCGAAAACGAACGCGAUACUGUUGGGACUGUACAAGACAGGCGAGAACGUUUCGAUGAUUUGCGAUCUCGGGAAGAAAUCCAACAUGAGCGAUCUGGAACACGUUUCGAAGAUAGGGAAGAUAAUGGUGAGCGGUGUGAAGUUCGUGACCGUCGAAUCGACGAGGUAAGAUCUCGUGAAGAAUCGUCUCGUCUAGAGGAUACGGAACGAAGUGAUGAGCGCCGGGAAAUUCGUGACCAAGACCGAAUAGGAAUGAGCGACCGUCGAUUCAACGAAAUAGAGUCUCGUGAAGACUUUCAACGUGAGCAAUCUGAUAGACGCCUUGAAGAUCGGGAACGAAAUGAUGAGCGCCGUGAAAUUCGUAACCGAGAGCAACGGGAAAUGAACGACCAUCAGAUCAGAUCUCGGGAAGAAUUCCAACGUGAGCGAUUCGAAGAACGGGAACACAACGGUGAGCGACGUGAAAUUCGUAGAGAAAUGAAUAGCGACCGUCGAUUUGCUGAGGUAAGAUCUCGUGAAGAAUCCCGUCUAAAGGAUACGGAACGAAGUGAUGAGCGCCGGGAAAUUCGGGACCAAGACCGAAGAGAAAUGAGGGACCGUCGAUUCAACGAAAUAGAGUCUCGUGAAGACUUCCAACGUGAGCAAUCUGAUAGACGCCUUGAAGAUCGGAAAAUUCGUAACCGAGAGCAACGGGAAAUGAACGACCAUCAGAUCAGAUCUCGGGAAGAAUUCCAACGUGAGCGAUUCGAAGAACGGGAACACAACGGUGAGCGACGUGAAAUUCGUGAUGAAGAUCGUAGAGAAAUGAAUAGCGACCGUCGAUUUGCUGAGGUAAGAUCUCGUGAAGAAUCCCGUCUAGAGGAUAAGGAACGAAGUGAUGAGCGCCGGGAAAUUCGUGACCAAGACCGAAGAGAAAUGAGCGAUCGUCGAUUCAACGAAAUAGAGUCUCGUGAAGACUUCCAACGUGAGCAAUCUGAUAGACGCCUUGAAGAUCGGGAAGGGAAUGAUGAGCGCCGUGAAAUUCGUAACCGAGAGCAACGGGAAAUGAACGACCAUCAGAUCAGAUCUCGGGAAGAAUUCCAACGUGAGCGAUUCGAAGAACGGGAACACAACGGUGAGCGACGUGAAAUUCGUGAUGAAGAUCGUAGAGAAAUGAAUAGCGACCGUCGAUUUGCUGAGGUAAGAUCUCGUGAAGAAUCCCGUCUAAAGGAUACGGAACGAAGUGAUGAGCGCCGGGAAAUUCGUGACCAAGACCGAAGAGAAAUGAGCGACCGUCGAUUCAACGAAAUAGAGUCUCGUGAAGACUUCCAACGUGAGCAAUCUGAUAGACGCCAUGAAGAUCGGGAAGGAAAUGAUGAGCGUCGUGAAAUUCGUAACCGAGAGCAACGGGAAAUAAACGACCAUCAGAUCAGAUCUCGGGAAGAAUUCCUACGUGAGCGAUUCGAAGAACGGAAACACAACGGUGAGCGACGUGAAAUUCGUGAUGAAGAUCGUAGAGAAAUGAAUAGCGACCGUCGAUUUGCUGAGGUAAAAUCUCGUGAAGAAUCCCGUCUAGAGGAUAAGGAACGAAGUGAUGAGCGCCGGGAAAUUCGGGACCAAGACCGAAGAGAAAUAAGCGAAGAUCGUGAACGAAAUGAUGAGCGCCGUGAAAUUCGUAACCGAGAGCGACGGGAAAUGAACGACCAUCAGAUUAGAUCUUUGGAAGAAUUCCAACGUGAGCGGUUCGGAGAACAGGAACACAACGGUGAGCGACGAGAAAUUCGUGACGAAGAUCGAAGAGAAAUGAAUGACGACCGUCGAUUUACUCAUGUAAGAUCUCGUGAAGAAUCCAAUCUAGAAGAUCGUGAAGCUGAUGAGCGCCGGGAAAAUCGUGACGGAAAUCGAAGAGAAAUGAACGACGAACGUCGAAUUGUUGAAACCAGCUCUCAACAUCAGCGAUCUGAUAGACGUCUAGAAUAUCGUGAACGAAAUGAUGAGCGCCGUGAAAUUCGUGAGCGAGAGCAACGAAAUAUGAACGACCGUCGAUUCGAUGAGAUCAUAACUCGGGAAGAAAUCGAACGUGAGCAAUGUGAUACACGUUUCGGCGAACGAAAACAUAACGGUGAGCGACGUGAAAUUCGAUUUGCUGAGGUCCGAUCUCGUGAAGAAUCCAAUCUAGAAGAGCGUGAACGAGUUGAAGAGCGCCCGGAAAAUCGUGACGGAAAUCAAAGAGAGAUGAACGAAGAACGUCGAAUUGAUGAAACCAGGACUCAACGUGAGCAAUCUGGUAGAUGUCUUGAAAAUCGCGAACGAACUGAUGAUCGCCGUGAAAUUCAUGAGAUCAGAACUCGGGAAAAAAUCGAACGUGAGCGAUUCGAUACACGUUUCGGCGAACGAGAACACAACGGUGAGCGACGAGUAAUCCGUGACGGAGAUCGGAGAGAAAUGAAUGACGACCGUCGAUUUACUCAGGUAAGAUCUCGUGAAGAAUCCAGUCUAGAAGAUCGUGAACGAGUUGACGAGCGCCGUGAGAAUCGUGACGGAAAUCGAAGAGAAAUCGACGACGAACGUCAAUUUAACGAAAUCAGAUCAAAUACACGCUUCGAUGAACUGGAGAACAAUGAUGAGCGUAGUGAAAUUCUCGACGGAGAGCGGAGAGAAAUGAGCAAUGACCGUCGAUUUGGCGAGAUCAGAUCAGAGCGGGAACGUAAAGAUGAACGCCGUGAAGUUCGCGACGGAGAAAGUGACACUAGAGACCAAAGGCAAGAGGGACAAGAAACAAGACAAGUUGAAAGAAGCGAAAUCGUCACAAUUAGAGGAGUAGCAGAUGGUCGAAGAGACCUACAAGAGAGAACCAUUGUCCAUGAUCGCCGAGAUACUCCUUAUACACAGAGAGAGCAUGAGCGACGUGAACGAUCUGGAGAAACUUUGCUGACGAAUCGUUUUAACAGACGUGAAAAAGAUGAUCGUCGUAACGAGUACGACAUGCGUUUGGAACACCCUAGAAACGAAGAAUUUCUCACUAAGACGAAUAUUUCAACUUCCUUCACCUGGAAUAUGGUUCAAGUAGCCUUGAUUGUCUUCAUCGGAACACAAUUCAUGAAGAGAAGUGAAUUUGAUGGAACAUGGAAACCAUCUAAACUGAUGAGUUUUCUGCAUAUUCGCGAUACAAUGAUUCCCAUCCAUUAAACCUGACUACUGAAAUCCAAACAUGCUAAUCCUGCAACCAUAGAACAUAUUGGUAUACGUAGUAUUUAGAAGGAGAGGCAGAAAUCAACUAGAGUUUCAAGGCAAAUUGUACUCUUUGGUAAACAUGCAUAAUAUUCUGCCAUUUUUUCCGUAUUUACCUUCUCCGUGACAACUCCAGCCGCAAGAAGCAUUCGUCUAAACUUUAAAUGGAAAACAAAACUACCUUCUCUCGAGUGUCAGCGAAAUACUUAUUACUUUCUUUAAGCCACUAUAUUGUAUAUACGUAUAGUUUUACUAUAAAAUGUAAGAACAAGUCAAAAAAAUGCGUGUGAUAGGUAGAGGUUAGGGCGAACACAGGCAACGAUGACUUGAUGAGAGAUGAUUCUUGGUAUAUAUUUGCAACAAUCAGCAUCAUCACAAUUAGUUUUAUCAAUAUAUGCUAUCAGCCAAAUCAACAAGGUGUAUAAACGUAAUUACUGAAGGAAACGACUAAAACUGCUGUUGACAACAACGAAGCAAAGGAACCAAUCAAUCACAUCUAUAGCCAAAAGGGAGUCUGUUAAUAUUAUCACUAUUCUCUUUAUUGUUAUGCUAUAUGAGAUUAAACCCAUAUACAUAUACUAUACAAAUAUACUCAAAUGGGAAUUAAAACAUUUAUAGAUCAGAUGAUGGCAAAAUGAUAAUGCUGAAAAAGUAUUGUAUUUAAUUGCCCCUAUUCAAUAUCAAGAAAUAAACUAUAUAUUAUCGAAAAAAUGUGAA